AUGUUUGAACAUUCAACUGAAAAUGUAACAAGUCCUAUAUGUAUAUCAGAUAAUGAAUUAGCAUCAAAUAUAGAAUCAACAUCAGAUAAUUCAAAUAAAAAUAAUGCAGAAUCAUCAUCAGAUAAUCCAAAUAAAAAUACUACAGAAGAUUCAGAUCUAAAUAUCGAAAGUUUUCUUACAACUAACUUUGAUCACCUAUUUUUCAAUAAUAGUAAUGAAGUCAGUUAUAAUCUAUCUCAAGAAUUACCAACUUAUUCAUUUCAAGAUAUUGAAUCAAUAUAUAAGUAUCUUGAAAGUUGGUUUUCUUUAUUCAAUAAUCUUGAAUUGGCAAAACAUUUAAUUGAGGAAUCCAGGUUGUAUAUGCUUUAUAAUUUACAUAUGCCUUUUGUAGCACUUGCAGUAACAUACACGAUGAAAUACAAAGAAGAUAAUAAAGUAUUUCCAGACCAUUUAACUUUAUGUAGUCUUAUUAGUAAUAAAGUACAAAAACUUUUUGGAAUAGUUAAAAAACAUAAAAGACGCUAUUGGUUAGGGACUUGGCGGUUAAUUGAGUUGCUUCAUGUAACUCAAUGCCCUGCUAAGAUUCUCAUUAAAUCUGGACUUACGGCAAAUUUUUUAAUGUCUUCAACUUAUGUAGAUUAUAAUAAUUUUUUUAAAAAUCUUUUAAAUAAUGAGAAUAUUUUUUAUAAAAAACCAAUAUUUGAAGUAUCUGUAAUACAAAAAAUUAUAGACCUAGGUAUAAUUAUCUGA